AUGGCAUCUGCCGCUGCUAAGAACUCAGUUGUUGCCCCAACUGGCCAAAUUAAAUCCUUCGACACUCUUAGAAAUAUCCUGAGAGGUACCAGAAAUGAAACUGGGUCAGUUGAUCUCUACCAGCAUUUGGUUGAGGUGAUGAAUCAUAUUGUGAUGCACUGUCCAGAUAAGGGACUCGACUAAUUCGAGGAAAUCAGUUACUUGUUGAAAAACAAAGACAGGAUUGAUAUGACUAAAUUCCUGAGAAUUGAUGAGGCUCAACAUUACAAUAACCAAAAUGAAAACUAUUCUGCGUUAGUUGAGAAAUUCACAAACAUUGCCAAAAAGUUCUUUGAGAGCAAACAACCUGCUUAGGAGGGAACUGAAGAAGGAGAUGAUGCAGGCGCUGCUGCUGAUCUAGCACCAACUGGCUUCGUUCCAGAUCUACUCAAUGAUGUUAAAAUCUAUCAAUAUGCUGGAGUAGGUUUUGGAGAUAAUGAAACAGUUUUAUUGAUGAAAUCUCUAAAGCAGUUAGCAAUUUCAACUGGAGCUGAUAUUAAACUUUGGGGCAAAAUUCAUGGAACAAACCAAGAUUACUACAUUGCAGAGGGAACUAAGUUCGAUUAGAAUUAGAUUGAAGAACCACCUGCUGAUUUUGAGGCAAGAGGAACAGGCAUUAACAAGCAGGUAUAUUGGGCUUGUAACAGUCCAUUAUCUUCCUGGACACUUCUUCCAGAUCUCCAUCCUAAGGAUAUUAGAGCUGCAAGAUCUAUCAAAGUAACGUUCACUGGAAAUCUUGAGAGUCCAAUCUACACCAACCCAUUCUUCUUUGGGAAAGAAAAGCACUAUCUAAGAGCAUAAAUCGCUCGUAUUGGACACUCAACUACAUUAGUUCCAAAGGGAAUCUAUAAAACUGUGGAAGAUAACGAGAGAGAAAUCGAAGAAGUUACCUCAGAUGAGGGCCCAAUUAAGCCACCUUCCACUCUUUUAAUGGGAAAAGCCGAAUCGUGGGUUCAUCACACUCCAAACAUUCUCAAAUGCAAUAGAUUGGCUCAUAUGGAACCUGAAAACGUUGGAGAAAAUGAUGAUCCAGAAGUCAUUAAGAAGCAAAUUGAGGCAGCUGAUCCAUUCGAAAAGAGACUCAAGCCAAUUGUCUCAGAUAGAAACGUUAAAGGUGGACUCCCCGCUUGGGUUGUUAGACUAUAGGGAGACACAUCUACAUUCUAGCAUCCAAUUAAAGCAACUGAGGUCUAAAACUACGGAGUUGCUGUUGUAAAAUCUCUUCAAUGGCCUGGAGCAUAUACCUUCUAUUCACAAGGAAGAUGCUAUUAGAUCUAUGUUGGUGAUGGACAAAAAUACGAAGAGCAAACCUACUACCCCAUUUUCCCACCAAAGAUUCUUGCAGACCCAGAAGAAAAGCCACUUCAACAUGAGCCUUAACCAUUAAACUAUGUUGAGAAUUAAUAAUAGAAUCAAGAGUAGGAGCAAAAUGAAUGA